GCGACUCUAUUGAUUUGCUCGUGCGAGAUCGAACGAGCAAUCGUUCAAAUGACUUUGUGAUCGUUCGCACGCCACCGACUACACCAGCUAACGUUGAGCAGGGAGAAGGGAUUGCGGAGGAGGGCUCGACGCAUGUCGAACACACGAUGGGUCGUGGUCUCGUUCUCGGUGUUCCUCUCUCUGCUCCAUGGCCCGCUAUCCCAGAGGUCGGCACCAGCCCCGCCGCCCGCGCCCGACUGCACCGGCGCCAUGAUGAACUUGUCGGCGUGCUUGACGUACGCGGAAGCCGGCAGCAACCUGACCCGCCCUGGCAAGGGGUGCUGCCGUGGCCUCGCCAGCGUCGUGGACACGGAGCCGGUCUGCCUCUGCCAGCUGAUCUGUGACAACGAUGUGUUCGGCGUGGAGAUCGACACUACCAAGGCCCUCGCGCUCCCCACUGCCUGCCGCGUUGACGCGCCGCCGGCGACCCUGUGCGCAGUUCUUGGAGCUCCAAUUGCAAGUCCGUCACCAUCAAGUGGAGAUCCAGAAGAACCAGGAUCCAGUUCAUCGCUGGAAACAGAGACGCCAGCCACCGCACCACCGAACAGCCACAACAGCAGUUCGAGAUACGGGACGACCGGUUUGGCGUUUCUCAUUCUUCUGUCUUUUGUUGAUGUGAUCCUUGCAAGUCUACAUGCGUAGAUGAUAGCCUGACAUAUUGCAGGGAUAGAUCAGCAAUAACAAGCUUAUUCCCAGGACUGCACUUGUUGCUUCUGAAGCAUCUUCUAUUAAGUUGUGUCGGAAACCAAAACUACUUGUAUUAUUUUGCCAAGGAUUUUUUCUGGCUCCUCUAAUCCUCUUCA